AUGGAACACAGCGCAUCUAGUGAUUCUCAGAGAUUCCCCGCGGCUCUUCCACCCUCUCAACUCCGUCUCCCAUGCUACCGCUCGUACCAAAACCGAUACCACCCUUAUGUUCGAGGCAUCGCCCACAGUGGGAGUAAGGACUUGAUGGUGAGUGCCGCGCGCUUGAUGGUUUGCCAAACUGUCGACUAUCGCUGUCACGAAGGAACUCCCUACAGGUCCAGUCUCGCCCUUUCGGUAGUAGAGGAGGAAGACGAGGAAAUUGUGCACCACCUCAUCGACCUUGUCCCUGCCCUGAAUGGGGAGCAAUCUACUCGUUCCCGGAACAAACUUAGGCGUCUUGGUCUUGUUGAGCUUGUAAUUAGUUUAGCGUUUGCGAUGCGGCGUAGGCUCCAGAGGUCGCAGAAAUAUUGA